AGGUUUGAUUAAGACACUGAAUGUUUUUAAUGGUCCAUCUUCAGUAUAGAAGAAACAUGGAUCAUGGUAUUUAAAGAAUACAUUUGUGUGGAUGCACAAAACCUGGAAUCAACUAUCUUUUCUCCUGGUUAAGAUCAGGAAUGAUCUGAUCUGAGAUCGAAAUCAAGACUUUUUGAUGACAAAACUCAACCUCCAAGACUCAUUCAGCAGGGCCAGUGGUCUACGAUUUUGUUCGCUGCACCUCCAGAGAGCCAUCUGUCCCAUGUGAGGCCAGGUGUUUAAAGCAACAACUGAGAACACUACACUAAGUGUCGUACACAUUACUUUGUUUCUCUACCAAGGCUGGGUCUCAAGAUGACACUACUAGCUGCUCCAGCUUCUGGUCUGUGUCAUGUGACUGCUCUAUGUUGCGUUCAGGUUCCUCUGGCUAUUUGAGAGGAGCUGCACAGAGAGCAACUCAAACACUUGUUUUGGAAUUGUAUCAUGUUCAAUACAAAGCACUACGUUUCUAAAACAGGAGUUCAACUUUUUCCUGCAAGUUUUUUUUGUUUUUGUUUUUUUUACAGUGAACAACAAUGAAAAGUGUUACAAACUGUCAAAUCAACAAGUCAUAUCAAAACAGAGCGCAAAUAAGGUAAAGUUAGCUUCAGUACAUCACCGACAGGAGCAAGAAGUAAGAUCAUUGAAGAUCACUGAAGACUGUAUAAUAACACAUUUUACAACAUAUUGUCUGAAGAUAACAGUAGCUAUUCUCACCAAAAUAAACUAUGUUAUGUAGCUAGCACAUUGUUGACAUCAUGUUUCCGUCUGGCAGAAACUACAGUUCAAACAAAAUAUGUUCAUUGUCAAGAAAAACUGCUACUCCAGGGCCCAAAACAUUAUUGGUGAGUGAGUUAAGUAGAAAACAAUUACAUCAUGUUGACUCUGACAUACUGACAGAAUAGAAUGUCUUUAUUUGACACGGACUUAGAAUUGCUGCAAAUUGACCAGAGUUUGCCAAAAUGCCAUUUCUAAGAUAUAUAUAUAUGAAUUUAAAAAAGCAUCAGACUGGAACUGGGUAAAUAUAAUUAAUUUUCUUGGAUAAAUAUUUGGGACAAAUGCAUCCUGACUGAGACAUUCCAGUAUAAUCUGAUGACUUCCAUGCACGCCUGCGGGUCACUGUGUCCAGCUCCCCCGGGAAAACAUUGUAUCAGGCUGAUUUAAGCAGUGUGUGAGAGGAAGUGAAAACUGGUUGACAUUGGUAGAGACAAUGGAAAUCAGCCAAUACUCCAAGUUACCUUAUUGAGCUGAAACUGUAACACACAGUUUCCCUAAUGUUUUUUUUAGCACCACUAAUAAACAAAAACUGUAAACUACUAUCUUUUUGAGUUUUCUGAAACACUAAGCUGACAGAUCUGAUUGAGCCGACACACUGAUGUGACAAAGAUAUGAACAUAAUAAAUAUAACAUUCCAUUAAACUGUGCUAUUUUCAUUGCACCUCUUGUGAUAUGUCUGCACACGUCUCUCAAACCAUGAGUCAGUUCAACUCAGCUUCACCGAGUUCUCACUUUCAUUGUGUAAGGAGACAGGUAACAUUAUUUUUAGACAAACAUCAGACCAUAUUUCACAUAAAAAUAGAUUUUUGUGGGUUUUUUUUUUUUCACACAGAGAAGGCUGGAAGGAACCUCAUUAUCGGUGUGAAGCAUUCAGAUGUUAUGUCUGUGCAUGCUGCAGAGUGUAGAGCAGCUCCAGUUGCUUAUAUAACCCAUGACAGAUAUAUGCUACAUGUGCUCUCCCUUUUCCUGCGCUGUCAUUUCCUGUACAGAUCUUUCAGGAGUUUCUUCGCCUCUCUUAGAGCUCACAGCCAGCUUCGACUCCGAGAGGCGAUGGCUGAGUAUUAAAAGGUCAAAAACUGUUGACUUGCAUGCUUUUCUUUGGCACUAUUUUCUGGUAGAAAAAAUAUGGAUGGUAGGAUGUUUGUAGCAUAAUGUUCCAUAGGGGGAAACAGUCGGAUUAGUAAAUGAACCAUCCAUUAUUAAAACACGUAUAACUGAAAAGGUCUGCCUUUCCUAGCUUCAAAAUUUGCUUCACCGUUUAAAAGAAUUCAGUAUUUGUAGAUGAUGAUAAUGAAGCCCAGAAUAAACCUUGAUAUUUUGAUAAGAUUGUAUUAAAAAUGUUUUUUAGUUAGUCAGUUAGUUUCAGUUGGUUGACUUAGUUUUUUGUCACUAUUGUGUGUAUUUAGUAUUUACUUAUCAGCAUAUCAAUCAUGCGUAACGUCAACAUCUGAUGAAAUUACGGUUUGCAAAGCCUGGUUGAGUCGCUUCAAACUUGUAGAUGAAAUUCAUAUUUUCCUUUUUUAAAAAUUCACUCAAAAUUAUCAUGACAAUCAAAUGGAUACAUAGUUAAUGACUAAAAUAAUAAUAAUAAUAAUGGAUGUAGUGUACAUAAACCUUAAUUAUUAUAAAGGCUUUUAAAGUAUGUAACUAUUAAAGGCCCAGUAUUAUGCAGAAUUUUCUUUCUGCAUGUUUCUGCUCUUCCAUUUGGGUACUGCUUCUAGAAACAGUCCAAAAAAAGAAAAGAAAGACACCUGGUCGUUUUUGGGGAAUACGUAAAUGUUCUACAGGUGUCUGCAAAACCACCUGUUUCAAAAAACCUCUAAAUUGUUGCACUUUUUUUUUAUUUAGCAACGCCCAGGCGAUCCCAGCCCCUCACCUGACUACCUACCCAAGUGGAGCUCCUCCCACUUCGUUACCAGACCGCAAACUUUGUUCUGCUGAAUUACCGCUGCAAUGGCUGCUGGGAAAUGAAAACGUUUUGCUCUUGGCUGCGAUCAAUCAAUUCUGAGCAUUUGUCCAUGUUCUCCCAGUCUUGGAGAACAGAGCUGGGUGGCUUCAUUUUAUCUUUGCUUGAAACGUCCCUGUGGUAUUGACAAAGUUGUAGUCUGCGCAAAUCAGUUUGGGAAGGAGCCUUUUGAAAACCACCAACCAAAAGGAUUUACCAAAAGACUUCGACUAGAGGAAGGUUCUGUUCCUACUGUUCGUCACAACUCUGCAGAUGACGGAGAUGUCCUCUGGAGGAUGGCCUCGAGGAAGAAGAGGAGGAGUGCGUCUCGGAGGAGAACGAGCUCCUGGCCAAAGACGAGUUCUCGGUGGAGGAGAACUUCACGGCCGAGUUUGAGAGCGAGAACAUGAGCUGCGAAGACAUGGAGUACUUCUGCAACAAAGGAGAAGAGGAUGGCAACCGAGAAGCAGGAGAUGUGGAGAUGGAGGGCCAAGGCGAGAAGAGCAGGAACGCUGCUGCAGGGCCUGAAGAAUGGGAUGGUCCAAGAGAGCUGGACGCAUUUCUCAAAGAUGGCGAGCGUCGGAUCCACAGCCGUCAGCAGCUUCCUGUGGGGACAACAUGGGGACCGUUUGAAGGAAAGAUUGAGAUGAGCACUGACACCACUGCACUGAAGACGAAGAGCACGGUCCCGGUGGUGCUGAGCGCCGGCCCCAGGUGGCUUCUGGAUGUGACUUGGCAGGGAGCAGAAGACAACAAAAACAACUGUGUGGUGUACAGCAAAGGUGGUCAGCUGUGGUGCACCACCACCAAGAACAUGAUGGAGGGCGAGGAGCUGGUGGCGUUCGCCGUGGACUUCGACUCGCGCCUGCAGGCCGUCAACCACAUGUCUCUGAGCGAGGGCAUGUACCCGGCCCGGCUGCUGGACAGCAUCCAGCUCCUGCCGCAGCAGGCCGCCAUGGCCUCCAUCCUGCCCACCGCCAUCGUCAACAAAGACAUUUUCCCCUGCAAGGCGUGUGGAAUCUGGUUCCGGAGCGAGAGGAACCUGCAGGCUCAUCUGAUGUACUACUGCAGCGGGCGGCAGCGGGAGACGGAGACGGUGGUGGAGGACGGUGACGGCGGGCCCCACCAGACCCCCAGCGUCUGCCCCUUCCCUCAGUGCAACAAGAGCUUCUCUGGAGCCAGGGCCCUGGAGAUCCAUCUAAGCACCUCGCACAGCGGUGUCAAAAUGGAAGAGAGCCUCCCUCCUGGCACCAGCUUGAAAUGCACAAUCUGUAACUACACGGCAGACUCUCUUAUUACAUUCCAGCAUCACAUCAUGUCUCACCUGUCACAGGCGGCCUUCAGAUGCAAUCACUGCCAUAUCAGCUUCCAGAGCCACAGGGAACUCUUACAGCAUCAGGACUUACAUGGGCACGGCGGCAAACUUCACAGGGAAGGCGACGGCACCGAGCAUUCCCCCAGGGGUCCGGAGGACAGCCUGCAGCAGCAGCAGCAGGGCCGUGCAGAGCUGGCCAACAAGAAGGACGCUCUGAUGGGAAGUCCCAAAGGGGCCCUCAGCAAGGAGGCGGCCACAGACGGAGAGGCUGACAAGGCUGAGAAGAAGCCCAUGCUGUCUGCUCAGAAGGGAGAGGCCCACCCGGGCAGCAAAGCCAGUUUUUCUUACACCAGGAUCAAGUCAGAGCCCUCCAGCCCCCGACUGGCCUCCUCCCCCGUGCAACAUAACAUGCCUACGUUUCCCAUGGGCCCCUUCUUGUCUCAGUUUGCCUUCUCCCAGGACAUUUCCGUCGUCCCGCAGGCUUCGGAGAUUCUGGCGAAGAUGUCAGAGCUGGUCCAUCGGAGACUGCGCCACGGCGGGAACAGCUACCCGCCUGUCAUCUACAGUCCCCUGAUGCCCAAGGGGGCCACCUGCUUCGAAUGCAACAUCACCUUCAGCAACCUGGACAACUACCUUGUCCACAAAAAGCACUACUGCAACAGCCGCUGGCAGCACAUGACCAAGUCGCCGGACUUCUCGGCGCUUUCCGAGAAGGUUCCAGAAGCGGUGAGCCCCAACAGCGGUCACAGUUCUGUGAGCCUGCUGGCCGGCUGCCACCCGACAGAGGCCGACAGCCACCUCAUGCAGUCUGCGUGUAUGAACUCCAACGUGUUGGACAUGAUCAACGCGGGGGGGAAAGCCCCCGACAAGGAUCUAGCGGGGCAGGUGAAGAAGGUGUCGACCCCGACCGGGGCAGAGGAGCGGCUCAACGGGAAGCAACUGGAAGGGAAGAGCCCGAGCACGGGGUUGGUGGAAAAUGACAAUGAUCCCAACAAGACCACCUGUGAAGCCUGCAACAUCACCUUCAGCCGUCACGAGACUUACAUGGUCCACAAGCAGUACUACUGUGCCACCCGCCACGACCCCCCCAUGAAACGGAUGUCCGCUAACAAGGUGCCCUCCAUGCAGAGGACCAUGAGAACCCGCAAGCGCAGGAAGAUGUACGAGAUGUGUCUCCCGGAUCAGGACCCCCAGAGGAUCCCUAUGGGGCAGCCGGGUUUUCUUGGCGUUCCUCCGAUGAACCCUUGCACUUCUCAGGAGGCCGUGGAGAGUCUGGCCGACCGCUUUCACCCCCGCUGCGACAUCUUCCCCGGCAUGGUACCCAAACACCUGGAGGCCUCUCUGACUGUCACUAAGUCCAUUCUGCCUCCCAAAUGCAACGCUGCGGAGCAGCAGGAGCUGGACGCACCCAUUGAUCUCAGCAAAAAGUGUUCACCGGUCCCCGACAAGACAUGUAGCUCUCCCAAAAGACUCUUGGACUAUCACGAAUGUGCAGUGUGCAAGAUAAGUUUCAACAAAGUGGAGAACUACCUGGCACACAAACAGAACUUUUGCCCUGCGACAGCUGCUGCCACGGCUGCUGCUGCUGCCGCGGCUCAACAACAACAGCAGCAGCAGCACAAUGAGAGCGGCGCCUUGGAGUCUGCUCUGUUCCCAGAUGUGAAGAGCGAAGGGAAUAACAGCCCAGAUGACGGGUACGAUAAGAACCCUGGCAAAUGCGAGAAGAACGGGAAUGGGAAGGUGGUGGUGCAGAAUGGAGGCAUGUUCCCCCCUCACCUGGCGCCCGUGCCGGGACUUAAGCCUUUCACUGAGCCUCAGCUCAUCCCAUCAAAAGACGAGAACAAGAAUAUGUUUCUGCCCCACUGCCUUUAUCCAGGAGCAAUAAAGAAGGUGAAAGGUCCCGAGCAAAUAUCGCCGUAUUUUGGGAUAAAGCCGACAGAUUACGUGGCAGGGGGGCCGGUGAUGCAGGGAGAGGCGACCGAACAGGAACAGAGCAUCAACGGAGGAGGAGAGACGGUCACAACCAGAGAGCAGGCUCCACAACCUACAGCAAAUGGCUGCCUCCACCCCGGCAAGGAACCCCUUCCCCUCCUGCCCAAAAACCGGGGCAUGGUCAUCGUCAACGGGGGGCACAAGCCAGAGGAGCGAUCCGGCACGGCUCCACAGCAGCAGCAGGAGAACCAGCCGCAGUCAGACAGCCAGCCUUCCAAUCCCUCGCCCACGUGGGGCGUGGAAAACCAGGCCGACUCCAACGAGAACAUGUCCCCGUCCUCCAAGUCCCCCGGCGAGGAGGCGGCGGCGCCGACGGCCAACAAAGGCGUGAACGGCUCGGGGAGCGGCAAAUACUGCCGCCUGUGUGACAUCCAGUUCAACAACCUAUCAAACUUUAUUACCCAUAAGAAGUUUUACUGUUCAUCACAUGCUGCAGAGCAUGUAAAAUAAGUUGGAAAGAGACCCAAGACUUGUUCUUCCGUCCCCCUCCGCUCCCCAACCUCCCCACCUUUAAACCAGACUUUUCCUCCUUUGUUUUUGGUACACUGUUGUGUCUGGAAUAGUGCAUCACGCAGUGCUGAAACGCUGCUUGUGGACAAUCAAGAGAAGCUUCUUCUUUCAUUGUUUCAAGACUUAAAAAUGCAAAACCCAUUGGUUUAAAAAAAAAAAGAAAACAAGAAUCGAGAAUAAUAUUGGUGCCACGUUCAUAAACAUUAAUUUAUUUUACAAUCAGUAUUAUUAGGAGUAGUGAUUUUAAUUUAAAUUCAAAAUGAAAUUUAUAUCAGAGUUGUUUGUAAUGUUAUUGUAUAGUCAUUCUUGUGUAGCACACAUAUUGUUUACACUGUAAUGUAGGCUCAAACGAAACAAUAAACAAAAACGAGAUGCAUUUUAGACUCAAAAAUAGCUACUGAGGCACUUGUGUAUUCUUAUUUGCUGUACCAGUUUCCGUGUGCUCAAAAUGUCUCCUGCAGAUUACUGCUAGUGACUUACAAACCACCGUUUGGAGGCGAGUGCCAGGCUCACCGCUGCAUCUCACAUUUUGGCAUACAUACAUGGCUUUGCAUACAUAUGUGGCUGUUUGUCCUUGUCUCUUUCGUUCAACUCAGAUGUGGAUGUUUUCAUGAGGAUGACGACAUUCUUGUAUAGUACUCGUAUUUCUGUUCGAUGAUACACUUUGGUCUCCCUUUUUGAAAUUUUGCUCUCGAUGCAAUACUUUGUAAAAGAGGGAAUGUUACUGAAAACAGUAUUAUGACAUGGGGAUUGUGCAUAUAAUUAUUUGUUACCCCAUUUAAAAAAAAAAAAGAAAAAAAAAGACAAAAACAAAAGGACGCUGUACGAGAAUUAAGUUUAUUGCCGAUGAACAAGCCGGUUGGGAGGUCAGUGGGGAAUACUGAUGUAAAGUGAUCAUUCCAAUGUCCUGAUUAUGGGAGAAAAUGUUUCUUAAAACGUUGUUGCUAUGCAUGUAUAUGGAUGGAAUUAAAUUCCAGAUCUGUUGGAAAUUUUUAUUUUGAUGUGGUGUCAUAAUUAAACUUAAAUCCUCAGGAUAAA